AUGGUUUCGCAGUGGACAACGGCUUCAGUUGUCAUUACAUCCUUGCCUCUCACAAUCGUUAUAUUGAUCGGAAUCUUUGGAAAUUUAAUGGUUGUCUUUAUUAGUACGAAAGGUAACAGAGUUCGUACGAAAGGCCGUGCUCUCAUCGCAAGUUUAGCUUUUGCAGACACUUUGGAAUCGACAAAUCUGCUAUUUAUGCUUGUAUCUGUGAUUAGUUAUGGAAAAUGGAUCUUCGCGGAAGAGCUGUGUCAAUUAAACGGGUUUAUGACAACAGAGUUUGUCAUUUCGUCCAUGUACAGUCUCACUGCAAUAAGCAUCAACCGCUACUAUAUGGUGGUAAGACAGAAUUACUAUCGCAGAGUUUUUAAUGCAAGGAAUCAGGCGUUAAUGAUUGCAUGUAUCUGGUGCAUACCACUGCCAUUUGCCAUCGGACCUUUGCUAGGAUGGUCAAAAUUUGAAUUCCAAUCCGGAAAAUGUCUAUGUAUCUUUUUCUUCAGUCGCUCAGUCGUUUUUUCUACGACGCUCCUUUUCGUUGCUGUUCCUCUGCCUAUCGGGAUAAUUGGUUUCUGUUGCUUUAAAGUUUACAAGCAGGUCCGGGAACAUUCGCGACAAUUGACAUCAAUGACUACAAAUGCACCUUCUGUUAACGUAGAGGAGGUACGCAUCACAAAGACUCUCGCUGUGGUCAUCGGUGCUUACCUAAUUUGUUUCAUACCAGCUGCUAUAAUAAAUUUAAUUGAAAUGGUCCAACCCAGCUUUAAAAUCCCAUUUUGGAUCGACAUUUUGUCCAUGAUACUGGUAUUUUGCAAUCACGCCAAUAAUCCUGUGAUCUACGGUGCGUUGAACAAACAAUAUCGCCGUGCUUUUAAAGACAUCAUGAAAAACCUUCUGGCCGGCCGAUGUUCUCUGGAGAAAACCUCAGACAGCUCGGCAAAUAACAGCACUAUCACUGGCAUGAGUCCAGCACCAAGAUCGAGAGGAUUGUUUAAAACCUCGGCAAAAGUGGCCGCAAUUGCUCAGUCGCGGAAAACGAACCAGGCAACCAUUGGAAUACCUGCAAGAAUGCUGGAGCCGACAACGGUCGCUAGUUGCUGA